AUGGAGCCCAAACUGUGCAUUUUGUUCUGGCUUUUUCUUCUUCACCACCAAAGACCUUCUAUGAGUACACCCUUUCUUAGAGCUGGGUGUAGACCUGGCACAGUGAAAGAAUGCAAGGAAGCAAAAUUUGUCCCAGGCCAUACCAUCUUAGGAGAAGGUAUUAAUAUUGUCACCAUGGAGACAACCGGCUCUUUCCUUCUUGAUCUACAGGAAGUUGGAGAGAAAUGUACGAUAUGUGAUAACCCUCACAACAAGAAUAUUAUUCAGAAACUACCCAAGGCAAUGGUGGACUGGAGACCUGAGACUUCAUGUUCUAGAGAUAUUCAAAGCUUAAUGUUUCGCUCUGCAGUGUCAGUAGCCGAAGAAUCAACUUCUGUAGUGCAGAACGAUUGGAAGGUUGGUCUCAACUUGAACAUAGUGGUAAAUGUAAAAACAGCUGUCGGGGGUUCUCAGAGUCAGACAGCAAAAUAUGCUGAAAGCAAAAGCAUCAUUGACAAUUACAGCUUUCUGAGCCACAAAGUGGAAUGUUCUUUCUACAGUUCUCGCCUGGGAUCAGAUGCCUCACUCACUCCUCAUUUUGAGAAAGCUUUGGUAGAGCUUCCAGAUUCCUACGAUAACACCACUAAGGUCGAAUACAGACGUCUGAUAGACAACUUUGGCACACACUACAUCACCCAUGUAAAACUUGGGGGUCGUACCCAAGAGUUUACUGCAGUGAGAACAUGUGAAGUGGCAAUGAGUGGUAUGAAGAUGGAUGAGGUCAAAGAUUGCUUCGCAGCUGAAGCCGAGAUUGGAAUAUCCAAAAACUCUGUCAGUUCUAAAGUUGAGCGCUGCAAAAAAAAAUUGAAAGAAUCAGGAUUUGAGGGGGAUUUCCAUCAAGCAUUUAGUGAACGUGUAUGGAAGGUCAUAGGAGGAAAUGCAACAUUUGAUCUUCUCUCACCCGAAAGAGCCACUCCUGAAGUUUUUGACAAAUGGAUAGAAAGUCUGAAGACCUUCCCCGGUCUGGUCUCCUAUUCUUUAGAUUCCAUCCAUAACUUGGUGAGAAUAAAUGGUCCUAAGAAAGAGAAUCUCAGACUGGCCAUAAGUGAUUACAUCCAGGAGAAGGCUUUACCACAGAAGUGCUCUUGCCGAGGAAGCCAGGUUAUCAGUCAAGGAGAUGACUGCUCCUGUACAUGUAAAGCUUCUGGGUACACGGGUCCUGACUGCUGCCCAACAAAUCGAGGAGCCGCCAGGCUUCUGUUGACCAUCAGAUCUGCCAAUAAUCUAGUAGAUGACGUGGGGUCAAAAGCAGAUGGCUAUGUAGUAUUUAGAUUUGGAGGUGCUUAUAUAAGAUCCUCAACAAUCAAGAAUAACAAACACCCCACAUGGAAUCAGAAGUAUGAUUUGAUGCCUGUAGAGCUCAGCCCCAUUAGAGCGUACACCAUAGAGGUUUGGGAUGAGGACUUAAACUUUGAUGAUUUAGAGGGAAGAUGUGAAAAACCUCUGACUUCAGGUGAUAUUACAGAAAACUGUCCCCUAAAGAGAGGUACCUUCACAUACUCCCUAAGUGUUACUUGUGCCAAUCACCUUGGAGGGCGGUUUUGCCAAGAUUAUAUCCCAGUGCCCCCAAGUGUUUAGUCAAGGGCCUGAUAUCAUAAGGGCUUCAGCUCUGAAGGAGCUGUCCUCUGCAGUCAUAUAUAAAUCUCUCCUUGCUUUGUGAUUUUCAUACUUAUUUACCAAUUCAGAUUUAGACCUCUUUAAGCUGCUUGAUUUAAUUAUCAAUCUAUAUAUUCCACCAGUGUUAGCUGAUCCAGGAUUUACAAAUAUACAUAUAAACAUAUGAGCUGUUAUAACGUUCCAAUUUAUGUGUCUACACAAUGCUCAUUUGCCCCUACAGAACAGCACUCACUUAGGGCAGGAUAGACAUGUCAUCUACAUUCCCUACC